AUGGAGCCCAUUCCAAUGCUCCUGGUCGGAAAUGUCUUCGGGAUCAUACUUGGCUUGAAACUGGCUUGGUCAUCCCCCAUCAGGUCGAAGCAUACAGAACCCGAGGCUGAUGAAGGUGUAGGAGGCAAGACAUGGAAUAUGACGUCAGUGACACGAUGUUCUGAGAACAAUGGAAAUAUUAUUGAGGAAAAGAUACAGAAAUAA